AUGAAGAACUGGGUCUCAGAAUUAGGAGGACAGAAUGCGAAAUUGGCUGAGGAGUUAGAAGAAGUGGAAAUGGAAUUGACUUCAGUGAAGAAGGAGCUAGGAAAUGAGAAGAGGAAGACCCAAAUUUUGACUGAAGAAGUCCAGGUCAUGAGGAAGUGGGUCACAGAGUUAGGAGGGGAGAAUUCCAGGCUCCAGGAAGAGGCAGACGAAAACUGCCUGGAAAUAACUUCACUGAAGAAAUCAUUAGUGAAGGAAAAAGAGCAAAACAGCUUUUUACAGGAUGCUCUCCAUUAUAGGGGGGAGAUUGAAAGCUUGUUUGAGGCAGAACAGAAGAGAAGGAAGGAGAUGGAGAAUUCCCUCAGAGUCUUAAAAGAAGAGCUCGACAACAGGGACCUCCAAAUAGAAAGAUUCUUAAAUGAGGAAAGAAAAUUAAUAUCUGAAAAAGAGGACCUAGAAGAGAAGCUAGACAUCGCUCUUAAUCACGGGAAUGAACUGAACAGCUUGCUGGAGGAAGCAGAUGAGAAGGCCAAAAAAAUUGCUAAUGAAUUAGAGGAAGAGGUCCAGAAAAGGGAGACCCAAAUACGCCAUUUGUUAGGCCAAGGAGAAAGACUCAAGAAAGAACUGCAGCAACUUGGAAAAGAAUGUGAAAGGUUGACAGAAAAGUGCAGGAUACAGGAGGAACAUGAGGUGAGGCAAGAACAACGUUUCAGAGAGUGUCUAAGGAGACAGGAAGAGGCUUUGAGGCAACAGGAUAAAUACCUGUUGAUGACACUUCUCCAUGGGACAGCUCAGAGGAAUUUCCACCUGCAACACAUUACACAGGAUGGAAAUGAAGUUGUGGACGAAACCAGGGAAAUGGAGAAGGAAGAUGAAGGACAAGAAGAGGACCUGUCUGACCUCUUGCAAAUGAGGAAGGAGACCCAGCAUGGGAACUACUGUGAAGCCCAACGUGAGAGGACCAACUACGGGCGGCAGUGGGAGGUCCUAACUCAGACUUUGAAGGAUCUCGUGCAUGGAGAUGAGAGAAUGGCAGAAUCGACGAACGAAGGUCCUAAUAAGCACUGUGGAGUUUACAGUGAGCCUCCAGAUCAAAAAGAGGAGAGUUGA